UCCAUUCUGGCAAAGUGGUUUGCUCUUUUCACUCUGCUUUGGGUGUUGAAGGAAGAUGAGCUUCUCACGGAGCCGCUCCUGAGCCUCUUGGCAGUUUCCCCCUCUGUGCCCCUCAUGUUUCCACCAGAAGGCAGAAGCCAUAGAUUCUCCCUGAGCCACCUCACUUGGAAGCACCACGUCCGGAUGAGAUCGCACGUCCUGCAGUGGACAUUAGCCACGUCCAGGUAGAACCAAACCUGUUGCUUUUGUAUGUUGGGUCAACUCGGCCUGACGUUUCAGAGAUAGACAUAAGAUAGGGAGUUUGUUGCGGGGGUGGGGAGAAGUGGUAGACAUGCUGGCUAACUGAUUAUGAUUAAGAGAAACUUAGAAGCUGAAGCCAGAGAGCAUCUCAAAGGUUCCUGAUACAAUGGAUGGUGUGACUCCAACCCUUUCGACAAUCAGAGGGAGGACCUUGGAGUCCAGCACUCUGCAUGUGACUCCCCGCAGCCUGGACAGUUGGCAGCUUCCUGUUGCAUCAGGCAUAGCCACCUGGGAUUGUAAACAUCUGGACGCAUUUCAACACCCAAGCAAAACUGACUAGUGACACCAGCCCUGCCAGGGAAUUGCAAGAAAUAAAGACCAGAUCAGCAACAUCUUUUCUGGGUUCGCGGGACUCCUCGCCAUCCUCCUAGUCGUUGCGGUUUUCUGCAUCUUGUGGAACUGGAAUAAACGAAAGAAGCGACAAGUUCCUUACCUCCGAGUUACCGUCAUGCCCUUGCUGACUUUGCCACAAACCAGACAAAGAGCCAAAAAUAUUUAUGACAUCUUGCCUUGGCGACAGGAAGACCUUGGGAGACAUGAGUCAAGGAGUAUGCGCAUUUUCAGUACCGAGAGCCUCCUCUCCAGAAAUUCCGAGAGCCCACAGCAUGUGCCCUCCCAAGCAGGCAAUGCCUUCCAGGAGCAUAGAGCCCAUAUCCAUGCCACGGAGUACGCGGUGGGUAUCUAUGACAAUGCCAUGGUCCCCCAGAUGUGUGGGAACCUCACUCCCUCAGCACACUGCUUCAAUGUCAGAGCUUCCAGAGACUGCACAAGCAUUUCUUCAGAGGAUUCGCAUGAUUAUGUCAAUGUCCCCGCAGCAGAAGAGAUUGCUGAGACUCUAGCUUCUACCAAAAGCCCUUCCAGAAAUCUCUUUGUUCUUCCCAGUACCCAGAACCUGGAGUUUACUGAGGAAAGAGAUGAGGGCUGUGGACAUGCUGGUGACUGUACCAGUUUGUAUUCUCCAGGAACUGAGGACAGUGAUUCACUCAGCAAUGGAGAAGGUUCUUCUCAGAUCUCAAAUGACUAUGUCAACAUGACAGGGUUGGAUCUCAGUGCCAUCCAGGAGAGGCAGCUCUGGGUGGCUUUUCAGUGCUGCAGAGACUAUGAAAAUGUUCCAGCAGCAGAUUCCAGUGGAAGCCAGCAGCAGACUGAGAAAGAUGUGCCAUCCUCAAACAUAGGUCAUGCCGAGGACAAGACAGAUGAUCCCGGGACCCAUGUCCAAUGUGUCAAAAGGACAUUCCUUGCUUCAGGGGAUUAUGCAGACUUUCAGCCAUUCACACAGAGUGAGGACAGUCAGAUGAAACAUAGAGAAGAGAUGUCAAAUGAGGACUCCAAUGCCUAUGAAAAUGUGCUAACUGCCAAGUUAGGAGGCCGGGACUCUGAGCAGGGACCUGGCACUCAGCUCCUUCCUGAUGAAUGAAGACCCAGGUACCCAGCUGUAAAGCCACAUUGAGUAGCCUAUAGACUACUGCAGAGUCUAGUGCAGACCCGUGAUCACCUUAGUGCUUCAGUGGAUUCACUGGUUAGAUUAAAAAGAGGCUGAGAAGAGCAGGGAACUAAGAGGCCACACAAAAGCAGAGGUUUGGGAAUUCCAGAAGGGAAUUCUUUUCAAGCAGAGUGUGGUUAUCUCCUGUACCAGCCUAAGAAUGUUUGCUGAAACUGUUUCCUAGAACUGUGAGGAAAGCAGGAAAGUAGUGCACAGUAGUCUAAGAUUAUUACCUUCAUUAAUACCAACAGGCUGCAAAGCAAGAGUAGAGAUUAUUGUAUAUUCCAGGCAGAGGUCAAAAAGAAGGAAGAAGUUGGAGUGGAGUGGGGUGGACAAUUUCCAUUUUAAAGAGUGUAGGCAGGCCAGGGGCAGUGACUCAUGCCUGUAAUCCCAGCACUUUUGUAGGCCGAGGAGGGCAGAUCACUUGGUACCAGGACUUCUAGACCAGCCUGGCCAACAUGGCCCAUCUUUACUAAAAAUACAAAAAUUAGCCAGGCAUGGUGGUGUGCCCCUGUAAUCCCAGCUACUCAGGAGGCUGAAGCAGGAGAAUCGCUUGAGCCCGGGAGGUGGAGGUUGUAGCAAGCCGAGAUUGAGCCACUGUACUCCAGCCUGGUGACAGAGCGAGACUCCCUCUCAAAAAAACAAAACAAAACAAAACAAAACAAAAGUGUGGGCAACCAAAUGCAGGUGAGGAUGCAGAAGAAUAGGAACUGUCACUGGUGGCGAUGGGAUUGCAAAGCGUCAGGGCCACUUUGAAAAACUAUUCAGCAGUUUCUUAUAAGCAUAACUUAUCAGAUGGCCCAGCCAUUUCACUACUACAAGUUGACCCAGGUGAACUGAAAACUUAUGUUCACACAAAAACUCGCACAUGACUGUUUAUAGCAGCUUCAUUCAUAAUUACCAAAAGCUAGAAAUAACCAAGAUAUCCUUCAACAGGUGAUUGGAUAAACUGUUGAUAUCCAUUCCUUGAGUUUAUCCAUACUCAACAGUAAAAAAUGAACUCUUGGUUCACACAAUAAUAAACACAUACCUUAAAUCCAUUUUGCUAAGUGAAAGAAGCUAGGCUUAACAGUCUACAUGUUGGGCGAUUCUAUUUAUAUGACAUUCUGGAAAAGGCAAAACUAUAGGGAUGAAGAACAGAUCAGUUGUUGCCAGGUUUGGGAAAAGGAGGGAAGUUUGCUACAAAGGGGCUGCAAAGGGAAUUUUUAGGCUGAUGGAGCUGUUCUGUAUGGUACUGUGUGGUGGAUACAUGACGAUAUCCAUUUGCAAACACAAGAACUGUACACAUGGCCAGGCGCGGUGGCUCACGCCUGUAAUCCCAGCACUUUGGGGGACCGAGGCAGGGGAACACGAGGUCAGGAGAUUGAGACUGUCCUGGACAACAUGGUGAAACCCUGUCUCUACUGUCUCUAACAUUUGUAAAACUGUCUCUAAUUUGUAAUUUGUAAACCCUGUCUCUCAUAUUUGUAAAAACACAAAAAUUAGCCUGGCACGGUGGUGUGCGCCUGUAGUCCCAGCUACUCAGGAGGCUGAGGCAGGAGAAUCGCUUGAACCAGGAAGGCAGACUGCACUCCAGCCUGGGCAACAGAGAAAGACUCUGUCUCAAAAAAAAAAUAAUAAUAAUAAUUAUACGCUAGACAAAGGGGCUUUUAUUGUAUGCAAAUUUUAAAAAAUGAACAGACCGUCAAGGGAACCCAGGAUGGUAUGCAAAUUGUGGCAAAUGAAUCUAAUUGUAUUAUAAAUGUAUGAUAUCAACUCACUGAAAGGGAUGGGGAAAAAAAGAACUGACAAUUGAAGUUGGAAAACAAUGUUUUGACUUGUAACUGUAGAUAAGGACACAAAGAACUGUAUACAAAAACUGCACUCUGGUUGGUAAAUUUGUAUCUCACAGAGGCAUGGCUUAGCAAUUCUGAAACGACUUUAUAUGUAUAUUUGGGUUAAAUAAGUCAAUCUCUUGUAGUUAAAGAGAGACAGGUUAGUGUAAGAACUGAAUUGCAGGGCACCCAACUGGUGUCCAGAAAGCUGGAAAAUUGGUUGGCUGUUGGGGGAAAAAACCCACACAUUUGGUGUCAGAAGUGUCGUGAGUGAAAACAGACCAUCACUCCACCAAGUGGCCAGCAUUUAAAUUCAUGCCACACAGAGGGAACCAUGACAGUCUGGUACUGAUGACAAAACAGGGUUAGCCAGGGCAGCAGCAAGCGCAUCAAAACGACAAUCCCAUAAUCAAGUAAGGAGAAGUUUGUAUCAUAUGUGAGAAUGAAGCUUAAAUGGACUGAAGAAAAUCUUAAACAUUGGCAUGACAGAAUUCUCAUAACUAAGAGGGGAUGAAAAGUUAUGGGAUCUAAAUUAGAAGUUAUGAAGACAUCUGUCACCCAGUAAGGGUGGGAGGGACAACAUAUCAGUUGGGGGCAGGUCCUGGAAUAAACUAUGCCAGCUCUUUUUUAUUUUUUGAGAUGGAGCUUUGGUCUUGUCACCCAGGCUGGAGUGCAAUGGCAUGAUCUUGGCUCACUGCAACCUCCACCUCCCAAGUUCAAGCAAUUCUCCUGCCUUCACCUCCCAAGUAGCUGAGAUUACAGGUGCCUGCCACCAUGAUAAUUUUGUCUUUUUAGUAGAGACGGGGUUUCACCAUGUUGGUUAGGCUGGUCUCGAACUCCUGACCUCAGGUGAUCCACCUGCUGUGGCCUCCCAAAGUGCUGGAAUUACAGGCGUGAGCCACCACGCUGGGCCCUAAGGCAGCUCUUGCUUGUUUACACACCAACAAGCUGGAUACCUCAAUCAGCCAGUCACACUUACAUACUCUCCCAAAUCAAGAAUGAUUAAUGCACUGUAGAUUGUCUCAUAUUUAGAUAGGUAACUUUUCUGUUUAUUUCUUGUUUUAAGAAAUUGUUGCAAAUGAAUCAAUGAAAAUUUUUUUAUUGAAUGUUAAUUUUUUUCUUUCCAUUUAUGGUUUUGUUUUCUCAUAUUAGUUGCCAGGAAAUGUUGACUAAUUGUCUUAUCUCAUACACUCGAUAAUGCUAAAUAUGAGGAAAUUUUUUCAAGAUUAGGAUAGGAUGAAAAAGUAGAUAUAAAGAUAACCAAGGCCAGGCACAGUGGCUCAUGCCUGUAAUCCCAGCCCUGUGGGAGGCCACGGCAGGCAGAUGACUUGAGCCCAGGAGUUCAAGACCAGCUUGGGCAACAUGGUAAAACCCCAUCUCUACAAAAAAUACAAAAAUUAGCUAGACAUGGUGGUGCUUGCCUGUAGUUCCAGCUACUCGGGAGCCCAAGAGGUUGAGGCUGCAGUGAGCCAUAUUCUUGCCUCUGCAUUCCAGCCUGGGCGAUAGCAAGACUCUGCCUCAAACAAACAAAGAUAACUAACCCAUUUUGAUUCCUUAAUUAGUUAAAUAAAAUGAAUUAAUUACCCAAACCUA